AGAAACAUGAUCUUCAUCACCAAAACAAGAAGAUCUCUCGCACGUGUACAAUGGCGUCAUCACCUUCCCACAUGCUCUUAUCGCUGUCGGUGCUACUGAUGCUUCUUGCACUGCCCAACGUCGACGCGCAACGGCAAAGCACGUCGAGAUGGAAGCGGAGCUUCGUACGAAAAUUCAAGCCUCAUCAUCAAAAGUUUCAACCUGGGCCAUGGAACAUGGCCCAUGCUACGUUCUACGGUGGGAGCGAUGCAUCUGGGACCAUGGGAGGUGCGUGCGGCUAUGGAAAUCUAAUCAGCCAAGGUUAUGGCAUGCAAACAGCGGCAGUGAGUACGGCAUUGUUCAACGAAGGGAAGUCAUGUGGGGCAUGCUAUGAGAUCAAGUGCAUCAAUGCAGGACAAUGGUGCAAGGCAGGUGGCCCAUCUCUUUUCAUAACUGCAACCAACUUUUGCCCGCCCAACUACUACCUUCCCAGCAACAAUGGAGGGUGGUGCAAUCCGCCCCAGGCUCACUUCGAUCUCGCCCAACCUGCAUUUCUUCAGAUAGCUGAGUACAAAGCUGGGAUUGUGCCCGUGACCUAUCGCAGGGUUCCAUGCAAGAAGGAAGGCGGGAUCCGAUUCACAAUUAAUGGUCACCGUUAUUUCAACCUUGUCCUGAUUUGGAAUGUGGGAGGUGCUGGAGACGUCCACAAGGUCCUAAUCAAAGGGAAUAAAUUGAAGUGGACAUCUAUGAAACGCAACUGGGGUCAAAACUGGCAGAUUGAUGCUGACUUGAUGGGCCAAUCUCUAUCCUUUAGAGUCAUCACAAGUGAUAAACGGUCCUCCACUUCUUGGCACAUCGCCCCACGUGAUUGGCAACAUGGCCAGACAUUUGUUGGCAAGAAUUUCAAGUAAGAAUUGAAAAGUAGAUUGAUCAAAUUGUAAAUUGGACCUGUUUUAUGUAAAUGAUCUUCAACCGUUCAUAUUAAAGGGGGCCAGUUUGGCACAUGGAAGU